CCGAAGGCCAAUGGAGGGCACGACGGCUGAGCGGGCGCCGCUGCUUGGCGCGCGGCGGGCGCCGGCGGCCGGGGCGUUCGCGGGCCGCCGUGCGGCGUGCGGGGCCGUGCUGCUGACCGAGCUGCUGGAGCGUGCCGCCUUCUAUGGCGUCACGUCCAACCUGGUGCUGUUCCUGAAUGGCGCGCAGUUCGGCUGGGAGGGGACGCAGGCUAGCCAGGCGCUGCUGCUCUUCAUGGGCCUCACCUACCUGGGCUCGCCGUUCGGGGGCUGGCUGGCCGACGCGCGGCUCGGCCGGGCGCGCGCCAUCCUGCUCAGCCUGGCGCUCUACCUGCUGGGCAUGCUGGCCUUCCCGCUGCUGGCCGCGCCCGCCUCGCGCGCCGCGCUGUGCGGGGACCCGCGCCCCGAGCGCGUGCUCAACUGCUCGGCGCCCUACCCCAACGGCAGCGCCAUCUGCCCCGCCGUCGCCGGGCGCCGCUGUGCGCCCGCCACCUUCGCCGGGCUGGUGCUCGUGGGCCUCGGCGUGGCCACGGUCAAGGCCAACAUCACGCCCUUUGGCGCGGACCAGGUCAAAGAUCGAGGCCCAGAAGCCACUAGGAGAUUUUUUAAUUGGUUUUAUUGGAGCAUUAAUUUGGGAGCAAUCCUGUCGUUAGGAGGAAUUGCCUACAUACAGCAGAACAUGAGCUUUUUUGCUGGUUACCUGAUCCCCACGGUCUGCGUGGCCGUGGCUUUCGUGGUCUUUCUCUGCGGCCAGAGUGUCUUCAUCACCAAGCCCCCGGAUGGCAGUGCCUUCACAGAUAUGUUCAAGAUCCUGACCUACUCCUGCUGCUCCCAGCGGCAAAGUGGGAGACCCCUGGGCAGCAGUGAAGGCAUUGGAGUCUUUCAGCAAUCUUCUAAACAAAGUCUGUUUGAUUCAUGUAAGAUGUCGCGCGGAGGGCCGUUCACAGAGGACAAAGUGGAAGAUGUGAAAGCCCUGGUCAAGAUCGUGCCUGUGUUCUUGGCUUUGAUUCCUUACUGGACAGUGUACUUCCAAAUGCAGACCACGUAUGUCUUACAGAGUCUUCAUUUGAAGAUUCCAGAAAUCUCAAGUAUCACCACCACCCCGCACACGUUCCCGGCUGCAUGGCUCACCAUGUUUGAUGCGGUGCUCAUCCUGCUGCUCAUACCGCUCAAGGACAAGCUGGUGGACCCGGUGCUGAGAAGGAAUGGCCUUCUCCCGUCCUCCCUCAAGAGGAUUGCUGUGGGGAUGUUCUUCGUGAUGUGCUCGGCCUUUGCCGCAGGGAUCCUGGAGAGUAAAAGGCUGGACCUCGUUAGAGAGAAAACCAUCAAUCAGACCAUUGGCAACGUUGUGUACCACGCCGCAGACCUCCCCCUCUGGUGGCAGGUCCCUCAGUACGUGCUGAUUGGCAUCAGCGAGAUAUUUGCGAGUAUAGCAGGUCUAGAGUUUGCCUAUUCAGCAGCUCCCAAGUCCAUGCAGAGUGCCAUCAUGGGCCUGUUCUUUUUCUUCUCUGGUGUUGGAUCCUUUGUGGGCUCAGGACUGUUGGCACUAGUGUCUGUCAAAGCCAUUGGGUGGAUGAGCAACCACACAGACUUUGGCAACAUCAACGGCUGCCACCUGAAUUACUACUUCUUCCUCCUGGCCGCCAUUCAAGGAGCUACCCUCUUGCUUUUCCUCAUUGUUUCUGUGAGAUACGACCUCCAGCGCUCAAGAGCAGAUGGAGGGCCCACCGGCGGGAGUGGGAGGCCCUGACACUGCUGUGGCAUGGCACCAUUCUUGUGUUGAUCAGCCUGGUACGUUGGGUUGUGGCCACCCACAUUGCACUGAGAUCAGGGCUACAAAUGUCCAGCUUCUCUGAACACGAAUGGGGCCUGGAUGGAGUAGAUGAGCAUCGCCCUGUGGCUGGCUCCGGCAUGCUGGGCCCUCCUAGAGGAUUUGGGUCUGGAGUUUGGUUUUGCCAUGAGUGCUCUCUGCUGCUUCUGAGCUGUCUCCCCUUUUGCAGAGACUUGCACGUGGAGCUGGGGCGUCUUGGGGACUACAGCUGUGCUGGUUGGCACCCUGAUUUCUUAAAUAAUUCCACUUCCUCCCCACAAACCACAAGAGCUCCUUUUUUUUUUUUUCAAUUAAUGAGCAUUUACUUGUGUGGAGAUGGGCGAGUUCAGAGAAGCAGGGGUAGCCACAUGGGUCCUCUGAGUGGGUCCUCUGAAGGUCAUGCUCAUGGUUUCCAUGGUUGUAAGCCACAUGUCUUGCCAUUACCACAUUUUUUGGUGGGGCUGGUGGUGCGAGCGUCUCACCUGCCUCAAGAUUCUUACGUAAAGUGCUCGCGUUACUUUCUUAAGGAGACUUGGAUUGGUAAUACUCAAGACCAUGGGUCCACUCAAGCUGCACAGCAGCUUAAGGGUAUUUUAAAUCUUAUGGUUCAGGCCUUAUCUAAGAUGUUAUUUUUCAUACCAGUGAAACUAAAGACCGGUUUUGGUUGGCUGUGAGAAAUCCAUUAUUUUGACAGAAUUCGUGUAGUGGAAAUAAUUGACAGUGCAAUGUGAACUUGAGCUGUUGGACAGUCACUGACUUUUGUAUCAUUACUGAUGUAUCUGGAGUUCUGAGUUUAACUGAAUGAUUCUGUGUUUUUGCGGUACUUUUGCUAUAAUUUUAUUAUUAAAGCUUCUCGAAUGUGAGGCUGAGAACUAGUUCUUUGAUUUGUCCACAUUCAUUGUUGGUUCGACAUUCACACAGUUAUCGUGAGGGUUCAGUCUCAUGUCAGGUUGUGCAGUUUCCUGGAAUAAGAGCUGAUGAAAACUGUGGUGGGUGUCUGCUCUGCCAUAGCCGAGAAGAAAAGAAAGAUAACCAAAAACCAAACAACAAAACUCUUAAUUCCCUGUCUCCUGCCACCUUGACCCAUUUUGCUGACAGGACUCUCACCGUGUCACUAGUUCUCGGUGGAGCUGGAGGUGUGAGUUUGCCUGAAAAACUAGAAGGGGUCGAAGUAACUCGUUCUGUGCUAUAGGAACGAGUUACUCCCUGCAGGUCCAGUGUGUCUCUUUGGAAUGAGCCACGCAUUGAAAACCAUUAACCUAUGUUGUCAAAAGACAGAUUGUGCUCAUUAGGAGCUUGUGCUGUGUGUGAGAACACCCGAACCACCUCCUGUGUGUGCUGUGGGUGCCCUGGACACUGGCCAGUGGCCUCCUCAGCCACAGGGUUCCAUCUACUGUACCUAAUCAUCCCUUGAUGUUAUGGUGGGAAAUUCUCCCUGGAACAUCAGGGAAGACUGAAAAAGGACUCAAGUAACAGCCUGUGUUGUGAUGAGAAGUGUGUGUUCUCUGCCCCAGUCCUUGUCCAGAGCUCCUUGGGCGUUAGGAAAAUCUUUUCUUCCAGGAUCUGGUCCUCGACCUUUGUAAUUUUCUGGGCAAUAGCAGUGUUUUUGUCCUAGCGAGGCCACCCUUGGUGGGCUCCUGGAGCCUCGAGGACUGGUUGUCGGGAUCAAGUGUGGUGAUCACUCACGUUGCAGUUUUCACUCACCUGGCCUCAGAGUGGCAUCGGUCACUAUGACUCCAUAGUGAAGCCUCAGUAAAAUCCAUAGG